AUGCAUCCUUCAGUUGAUUUCAGUCACAUAUUUUUAGACGUAACAGCCAAUGGUCGUCGGAUAACUGGCCAAGCUAUUCCCAACUACGGCGUCACAGACGGGUCCCAAAUUGACGGCGUGGUUGUCGAGAGCGACAUUCGUCACUCGCUCAUUCGCAACCAUUUUGAGAAAUCGUCAAUGAAUAGUAAGAUUGCGGUGGGCUACUCUGGACUGAGUGUUGCAUUGAGUGCUGGGGCGAACUCUGAGGCUGAGAGAAGCCUGUCAUCCGAGCAAAACAUGCCUAUAAAGAGAAUGAUCGGUAAAUACAUGUUAGUGUAUUCCACACUACCUGUGGACAUGGGAGCAGACUCGAAGAAAGAGACGACGAAAGGCAAUGAUCAGAGCACGAACCGCAGCUAUGAAGCCAGCAGCGAUAAUGUGGUUUUUGAAGCUGUUGGCGGCAACACCAUCUUGGCUUCCAAUCCAAGCCAGGGGUGCCCCACCGUCGGCGACCACGUCAACUGGAGAGUCAUUCAGCGAACCGGUUUGAGAAUGAUCAUCGAUUCUCUGGUCGAUUGCGGGGAUCCUCAGUUCACAGAUGCUGCCGAGGUGUUUUCUACUACAACUCAAGGCCCCGUCAGGAAGUGCAUUAGCAUCCCCAAAUCCUCCAAGAUCAAUGUUCAAUCCCGCUUCAAGACGAGAUUAACCGGCGAUGACAGAUCGCACUACCUCUAUCAUGAUAUCUGUAAACCCAUUGUUGUCCAGACACGCCGUACGCAGCGACCAUCAGAGUUGGUGGACGGCUCGAAGUUCCUAUCCGUUCUCCGCACAUCCGCCGGCCUUAUCGUUCCCUGCAUCACCACCUCAGAGCAGUUUUUGUGGAGGACCCGCGAGGUCCUGAAGCCUCAUUCCAGGAGCACCAUCAGCGACAACCUGUCUCUCGCCCCGCUCAAGCACGAUUCCCUGCUGUGCCUGACGUUUGACUUCGAAGACAACCCGCGCGGCUACCGAGAUUUCCAGGAUGACGACCGCGGCUUCCGCAACGACCGUAAAGUGCUUCUCCUUGCCGAUGACGAUUCCUUGAAGCCCGAUUCGUCCACGAGUGUCACGAAUCUGGAUGAUGUCGAGAUUGCGGUAGGGAUUGCACAGUUCAGGAUUGAUGUUCGCGGUAAGCCAUGACUAAAACCAUCUCCGAUAUUAAUCCGAAAACUGAUUCGAACCUCUCGCGGCCCUAAACGGUAUGGAUGAUGAUUACGACAUUCUACAAAAGGAGGGCCGUGAUGUUGAAUCACAGUUCAAGGAGCAGCAGAAGAAGAUAAAGGCCAAGAAUGACGGUCGUUCGGAAUGGAGGAUAUUGAUUACCCCUGGGAGUUUGACU